AUGAUNUCUCCAGAAGCAAAUCCUUCUCUUAAUAAUAAUAAUACUCAUACUCAUAAUAAUACUAAUAAUAAUAAUAAUAAUAAUAAUAAUAAUAAUAAUAAUAAUACUACUAUAAAUAAAAAUCGUUAUUAUGAUCCAGUGGCAUCCAAUACUGGAGUUGGGAAAGAAAAUUCAGAUGUGAGUAUUCCACGAGGAAAAUCAGCGAGAGAUCCUUCCGUCUGUUUUGAAGCUUCUGCCUCCUGUUCGGCUAAACGAUAUGGCGAUGCCGCCUCUAAUGUUGUUUAUCCCGAAGAUUUUCAUUUGGGUGGUGUCUCUUCCAGAAAUCAUUACGAUCUCAUACGAAAGGGCGGUACGGAAGAAGAUACCACUGGGAGAGAUUAUAGAUUUACACAGACAAAUACUUUUCACAACAACACAUCAAAGAUGACGUCCCCAUCGACUAGUGGACCUAUUUCUGUAUUUAAUUCAAAUGAUUUGGUAAGUGGACGAAAUAUAAGAGAAAGGACAAUGGAUGCACCCAUGCCGUUUUCCUGGCAGACACAGGAACUUUAUGGUUCUUCUCAAUUGAUAAAUAAGAAUUAA